AUGUCUACAUUAUUAUCCGCUCCACAGAAUUUAUUGGGAUUCACAUAUCUUACCCGAUACAAUCUCCGAAACAGUUUCGUUAGCACCGAUGGAAAAGAAUAUCAAGGAGAACCGAUUCUAGAUAAAAAUUAUACUUGGCCUUCUUCUAUAACGGAUCUUGAAGCAAGAGUAAUUACUGGAGAUAUUUUUAAUUCAUGUCAAAUAACAGAUACCAUAUUACCAGUAAAAAAGUUACUCUCUCCACUCUCGAAAUCCCAAGUUCCAAUAAUCCGAUGCGUCGGCCUAAACUAUCGUAAACACGCCAAAGAAACAAAACAAGCGUUACCGAAUUUUCCCGUGUUAUUUAUCAAACCGUCGAAUUCUCUACAGGAUCCUUUCGAGCCAAUCAAAGUCCCAAAUAUUGCAUUAAAUCAGGUGGACUAUGAAGCGGAGUUGGCGGUGGUGAUAAAGAAACCGUGUAAAGAUGUUACGAAAGAGCAGGCUUUAGAUUAUGUGCUCGGGUAUACGGCGGCUAAUGAUGUUUCGGCUAGGAAAUGGCAGGGAACCAGUUUGAGUUCUGGCCAAUGGUGUUUCUCGAAGGGAUUUGACACAUUCUCGCCUAUUGGUCCAGUACUAGUGUCCCCUGAAAUAAUACCAAAUCCUAACACACUUGCGAUUCGAGCAGUCGUCAAUGGCAAAGUACUACAAGACUCCAAUACUUCCGAUAUGAUCUUUGAUAUUCCGUCAUUGAUUAGCUUUCUAAGUCAAGGAACCACUUUACAACCUGGCUCGUUAAUUUUAACCGGUACUCCAGAAGGUGUUGGUUUUGUUAGAAGUCCGCCCAUUUAUCUUCAGGAUGGUGACAAAGUUUCUAUUGAAAUUGAGAGUAUUGGUGCUCUUUCAAAUACUGUCGAAUACCAAAAUCCGAUUGUUGAUACAAGCAGUAGCAGUAGUAGAUUAAUGAAUGCAAACAGCACUCCAAUUGAACCAUACUUAUUCAGUAAACUUCCCUCAUGUAACAUUGAAAAAAACGCAACAAUUUUAGUUAUUGGCGUUGAUGGGGUUGGAAAACGCGUUCUCGCUCAACAUUUGGUGAAUUCACAACAACAAAAGAUAAUCCAAGACGAGGAAAUCAAUCAAUUAACAAAAUAUGAAGCUAGUAAUGAAAAAGAUAUAAAAUUGAGCGUACGUACAGUCGAGUCUCUUCCUUUACCGUCGUCGUCAUAUGAUCGACCACGUAUAGAUUAUGUGAUCUUUAUGAUCUCUAUGACGCAAGGAAUUGCCGCUUUUCAUCAGUUAAAAGAGUCAAUGUUGAGGUUACACGAGGAAUAUUUUCUCGAAAGAUGUUGUGUAAUAGUCACUGAAGGUAAAAUCACACAAUAUACAUUUGACAGAUCGGAGCUUGAAGAAUUUUUCAAAGAGAAUUAUCCAAAUAUUCCAAUUUUCUACACCAUAUUAACGGAUCAAAAUGAAACGCAGAUUCUCAUUCAACAACUAAAACGCUCAAUCACACUAACUUGUGGUUACCUUGACACUAAUAAAAAGUUCACACCUACCUUGUUAGGGUUACCAGUGACUUAUGGAGCAUCAUCACCAACACUAGAAGAAAUUCGUUAA